UGAGACGGACGACGUAAAAUGACAACUGAGUACAUUUUAUUAAUUUAAAACACUUAUGUUAUCGCGCUUGUUACUUCCUUAACUGUAGCAAGCUGCAUUAUACUGAAGCACUUUCAGUAGACCGCAGAUCUACAAUCGGAAAUAACUGGAUAUUAGGAAUGACAUUCACUUACAAAAGCAAAUUCAUCUCUUAAGGCCUCUGGACAAAUUAUUCGAGUUGUCGUACAACACAUUAGAGAUAAGGAAUGCUUAAAUAGAGUGUCAAAUGGGUCAACAGUCAAUAUUUUUUUGAGAUUUGAUAAUAUGAUUUUAACGAGGAGAAUCUGAAUGCUGAUUGGAAGUUACACCGGACACAACCUGCUAAUAAGGAAAUGUGUUUCCACUGAUGUAGGAAAUAAGUUCGAGAAGUUUGGAAUAUAUUUCACAAGGACAUCUUUGAAUUGAAUUUUUUUAUAAUAGAUAGAAGCUGAAUGUACGAAGAAGAACGAAGUGAAGAAUGAUAAUGAAUGAUGACCUCACAAAGGUCACGGAUAUGACAUCAGAAUAUUCUGACGAGAACACAUCAAAUUUGUAUGAUUAUAACUUUGACUAUGGGGAUGAAUAUAUGUAUCCAGGUUACAAAUUUGAGCGACCAGUGUACUUAUAUGUUUGGGAAAUAUUAGUAAUUUUGACAUUCCUCCAAAAUUUAUUAGUUUUAUCAGUGUUUAUGCAGAGGCGCAUGCGCAAGCCAACUAAUGUAGUGUUAUCCGCAAUCGCAAUAUCUGAUUCCUUGACAGGUUUGGUUACGUUACCAACUUACAUAAUGGUGUUUCAAAGAUACGAUCCAUAUAACUACAAUUAUGAUUAUGAUUACAGCCAAUACCCAGAAAUGAACAAUGACAUGGACCAAAAUAAGACGACCGAGUUUGAUCAAAUCAACAACAGCUCUUCUACAACAAUCCAAAACUCAUAUUUACAAAGUCUACCAACAACACAGAGUUCAGAAGGAGUUUUGGAUUCAUCCUUAAAGUUAACGACAGUAUUUUACAAUUCAGCUACCAUUGCACCCAUAGACGGAUAUACCCUCAGCAAAGAUCUGUGUCGAAGUUUUAUGAUCUCGAAAUAUUUCUUGUCCAAAUCGUUUCAUACAAUUUCAAUAUUUUUAACAUUGUUUCUUGAAAUUCAGAGAUAUGUUUCAAUGGCAUAUCCGUACAGAUAUGAAACGUGUUUUAAUCGAUAUAAAGUAGUUAAUUUAUACUGUGUAUUUGCAUUCCUAUUUUGUCCUGUACUUCAUUCCUUUCAUUUGGUAAGAGAAAAGGCGGAAGGAGGCUUAUGCCAAUGGGAAUAUGCGGGAACAGGAUGUGGCGAAGAUUGUAUAUAUUUAUGGAUAGCUUUUAUACUGCGACAUUUAUUUCCAUGUGUGACACUUGUGAUAUUUACUAUUUUGUUUAUUAGACAAUUACGAAAAGGGGAGAAAAACUUUCGACGGGUUGACAGUUCGUCGUCCCAAUACUCGAGAAGAGUUAGUGAAAAUCGCCGUAUAUCUCUUGUUGUGACGACCAUUGUUGUUGUUCGACUGAUUCCAGAGAUUCCAUUUAGUAUUUUUCUGCUAUACAAUAGCAUUGACGGAACUAUAAACAACGGUGAUGAAAUUAACCUCGAGACUAAUAGAAUUUUUCACAUGUGUUACGAAAUAUGCCUAGUGUUUUCUUUUCUAGCUAAUUUUUAUAUAUACUUAAUUUUCAAUAGCUCUUUUAGAAAACGUUUGUAUCGAACAUAUAUACAACCCAUCAGAAAACAAAUUUCUAAUUCCUUUGUAUUGAAUGAAUUGACUACUACUUUAAGUCCUUCUAGAAAAACAACAGUAAAGAAAACAGUUACAAUAUCUCCUGGAGAGACUUUAGAAAUGAAAACAAUGCAUUCAGAUGUUUCAGAGAAAAUGAUAAAAAUUGUGCAAUAGUCAAUUAACUGACCGCAAGAGGUGACUUUCAAAUCCAUUCUUUAUAUUAAAGAUCUCUUUUUAUAUAAUAUGCUAUUUUGGAUUGCACUUACAUACUGUGUUUGUUACAUUGAGUCUCUGUUGAACUAUUUGAAGACUAUUUUAACAUAUAAGGUGGAGAUGUCUUAGAUAGAAACAUGUGUAAAAUUAUUAGAAUUGUAAAAUAUAAUACAUUUAGCUCAUCAUUUUCUUGAUAAUCUCUAAACAAAAUUAUUUUGUAAAGAAUUGUAUGUUUGAACUUUUUUAAUUAUAAAAGUAUUGACACUUGUUGAAGUUUAAACCUGUAUUACUUUCACAUCAUUCACUUUCAUAUAUUCCAUCGACUUACUGUAAAUAAACGUUUCCUAGUAUUUCAUAUGGGAAUUAUACUUUUUUUACCGAAUACCGUGUCGUCUGUGAUUCAUAGAAAGACAAAUCAUUGAAUAGUACAUAAUUAUGAACAUAGUCAGUUAUCGACCAAUUUCUAAUGUAAUUCCAUGGUCAAUCGAAGCAUAAAUUCAAGACAUUAAUUAUUUAAUUAAAUUACUCUCUUAUCGCGGUGUGUACCAUCCGGAACCCAUAAUCGUAAUGACUUCUGUUCAUUGUAUUAAUGCAAUUUGUAUAUUCGUAUAUAAUUGCAAGUGAUGAUGAGUAUAUAAGAAUACAGACAUAAAUAUUUAACUAUGAUUGUGAAAGAGCAUAUCUUUGAAUAGCAAUAAACUGUUAUAGUCAAUUGCAAUAAAAGUCAACAGCAAAAUCAUUCGUUUGCUAGAGUAUAUUAAAAUAUGAUAUUGGAAGGGAAGUAAGCUUUCCGAUCCACUGGAAUUUAAACAGUAAUGGUAACCAUGUCAUCUUUUGUGGGAGUACUUCAACUUUGGCUCUUCAACAUAUAUGCAGUCCAUGUUCGUAAAUAAAUUUGCUUUUAUCUCGUGCCAUGUAUGUGAAACGAUUUUUUUAAUUAAAAUCUAGUUCGUGCAUGAUGCCACUGAAGUAUGAGUGUCACUUAUAAAUAAGCGAGUAGUUUAGUAAAAACACAUAUUAAGUAAAGCUCGACAAAUGUUAUUUCUACUGACGCCAAGGCAAUAGGACUAUCAACAUGUCUGUUUACAAGUCUUUCACACAGUUGCAAUAAGACAACUUGUUCGUUUUCUUGUUUUACGUUAUUUAUUAAUAUAUACGUAUUGGGUUUAUUUAACAGCAACAUCAUCAUGUUUACGAAUUAAUGUUUUA